AUGCUCUCCUGUGUGCCCCCUACAUCUGUCACUCCCAUUGUUCUCGAUGGUGCUUCUCUCGAAGUGGUCGACUCGUUUAGAUACUUGGGCUCUUUGAUCACGGAAACGGGUCAAGGUGUCGACGAGGUUGUAUCACGCAUCAACCAUGCCCGAUUUGCCUUCUACCCUCUGUGCGCUCCCCUAUGGAAUAGAAGGGAACUAUCACUAAGCACAAAGUCCCGUGUUUACCAAGCAGUGUUUCGAUCUAUCCUACUCUAUGGCGGAGAGAUAUGGCCUAUGCGUGUUGAGGACAUGAAGCGCCUUGAGGUGUUUGACAAUGACUGGCUACGCCGUAUCCUUCGUCACCGUCGUGUAAACUGA